CUCCACCUCAGCCAUGGCCGGCCCCUCUGCGCCCGUGGACCAGGCUCCUGCGGCCGCCGAUACGCUCACGUGCAAGGCAUGCCGCCGCACGCUCGCCACCAUCACCGCAGACGGCGAGCUGCGGCCCCACGGCGCGCUGGACGAGGGCUGCGCGCUGUGCAAGGACAUGGUGAAGCACUGCAAUGAGUACGAGGAGGUGAAGGGGUACUUCAAGGAGCUGGAGCAUCGACGCGACGACUACCGCCCACGGCAGCUGGCGCUCGAGGUCGUGCACGAGGCGCAGAUGAAUCUGGGCAACUUCAUCCAGGCUGUGGCUGCGUGGGGCGACUCUGGAGAUGGUCAUGAUGAUGAGGAUGAGGCGUGCGGAGGAUCAGCCGGGGAGCAGCAUAACAGAGUGCAAGAGCAAGAGCAGACCGCAACCCCGCCCGCGGAUGCGCAACCGCACCGCAAGCGCAUUCUAUCGCCGGCGUCCUCACCUCCGCGCAAGCACGCAAAACGUCCACGUCUAUCGGAGCGGCAGCGGCGCGUGAGCUUCGAUCCAUCGGUGGUAUUCAGAGACGCUGAGGCGGCGUCGAAGCGCGUGGACGCCGAGUUCAGCCGGAACAGCGAGGGGUAUUCGCGGGGACGGUAUACGGCGCCCGAGGGGACGGAGUGGCUGGACACGUCGGGAAACAGUUUGCGGGAGACGCAGUUCUUUGGCGUGCAAAAGCGGGGGCGGAAAUGGGUGCCGACGAAGGAGGGGAUGGAGAUGGAUGAGGAGUGGGAGAUGGGCAGUGGAGAGGGACAUGCAGAGGAAGAGGGAAGCGGGGGAAUCGCUGCGACUGGAGAUGUCGAUGAGAAGCAAGAACAUCCACAGGACGUGCAGAUGAAAUGUGUUGGAAAGGAAACAGAAACUACACCGUCAAGAAACAUUCCUCUCCCCUAUCGGACGUCGGUUGGGUUAUCAGAUCCCAGUAGUGAUCCCCCCGGGCCUGACACCAAGCCAUCAUCAGAAGGAGCUGCCGACAUCCAGAUUGUCGAGCGCCCUUCCAUCUUCGGUGACGGAAAGCCCAGUGCUCCACUGGACGAGGAUUGAACCCUUGGACCGACGGAAGCAAACAGCAAAUCAUCGGAGACUGUAUCAAAGUUUGCAUCCACCACCCUGCUCUGACUCUGUAAAGAAACCCAGGCCAACACAAGCAACAGCCUUGGGGUUUAACACCCGUCUUCCCGCAGCCAUGCAUCGCGAGUUGCAAGAGGAACGGCAGGCUUGGAUAGCGAGCUGCAUUCACAGGGCCACAAAGCCACUUGGCGGCUAGAGCCCCUCCGUGCGAAUCUUUCGACUGCAUUCGGAGCUGGGAGCAUUUGUAUGUCUUUUUGGCUGGGC